AUGGAUGGUUUUGAGAGUUUGGUAGAUAAGAUGGCUGCAAAGGGUGUGGUGAGGAAUGAAAAACUUAAGCAAAAGGAUUGUGAUCCUUUUCUUAAACUGGAGGGUCCAAAUUUGUUGGAGUCACCAGUGUGCACAUUGGGAAUGGCAAGGAGCAAUUGGCCCGAGAGCUCGCCUAGGAAUUGCAGUGUUACAAUAGAGGGAAAGGAUUUGAGUCAAUGCGUAACUUCCUCAUCUGUAUUUGAGCCGCCCUAUAAGAGCUCCGGUUCCAUAAAUGGCACGGGGCUUGUGGUUGAGGAUAUGACAUUGAAACAUCAUAGGAAACCAAAUUCAGCUUUACUUAGUCCUAGUCAGGAAUGUUGGCAAGAUCCCGAUCCGGUAGCAAGUGCAUUUAGAAGUAAGAAUUUUCAUGGUGAUACUAUGUCACAGGACAAUGAUCAGACACAGUUGAGAGUAAGAGGUCAGCUCUUAGAAAUGCCUUCUCGCAUACGAAGUCUGAAGCCUUUGUUAAGCAAUCAUUCAGAGCAGGAACCAGACAAACUGUCUGCAUAUUUAGGGGUUGAGGACAGCAAGAUCAUGUCAAACAGUAUGCUAAGUAUCGCCAAAAAGCAACUGAAGACCCAAUCUAGUAAUAGCCAUUCUCAAUUACUUGCAAAGGAAACCUUGAAGGGAAAGAGUGUCAGUAAAUUUCAAGAACCUUGCAGUGGCUUUGGUAGUUCAGCUACGGACCAGAAGGAAAAAAACCUGGGUUAUGGUUCUGAGGUAGCUUGUGAUGCACAGUUGAAAUCAAUUGUUAACAGUGAUCAGAUUUCUUCACAUGUGCUUGAUAGGUCUGGCCCAAAAUCUACCAGUAAUGGGAUUUGCUUGAGGGAGUGGCUUAAACCUGGGGAUCACAAAGUAGAUAUAGUUGAAAGCCUGCUCAUAUUUAGACAGAUUGUGGAGUUUGUGGAUUUUGCACACUCUCAAGGUGUCGUCUUACAAGACUUACGACCAUCGCGCUUCAUUUUAUUUCCAUCGAAUAAGGUUAAAUACACAGGUUCAUCAGCCAUCCGAGAAUCAAAUAGUCUUAUGAACCGAGAUUUGAUUAUCAAAAGGCCAUCAGAGCAGGAUGCAUGUGCUGAACGUAUUUUAGGUGGAAAACAGCUAAAACUGAGUGAGGGUAAUGAGGAAAAGUUUUGCAUAGCUGGUCCACAAAAUUCUGGCUAUGGUGAACUCCAGUUUCAAAUGAAUUCGAGCUACCAAAAUGCAUUGGUUGCCGUACAGCAAAGAUCCAUUUCUGUAAUUGUUCAGUUGGAAGAGAAGUGGUAUACCAGUCCAGAGGAGCUCAAUGAGAGAGGUUCCACACUUUCAUCAAAUGUCUAUUGCCUUGGAGUUCUUCUUUUCGAGUUGCUGUGCCGUUGUGAAUCAUGGGAGGUGCAUUGCGCGGUGAUGUUGGAUUUGCACCAUCGAAUUCUGCCACCAAAGUUUCUUUCACAAAAUCCGCUGGAAGCUGGUUUUUGUUUUUGGCUUCUCCAUCCUGAACCUUUGGCUCGUCCAACAACAAGAGAAAUCCUGCAGUCUAAACUGAUAGGUGGAUACCAAGAAUCGGCUCGCUGUGAUGAUUUUUCAAAUUCUGCUGAUAAUGUUGAUGCUGAAUCAGAGCUAUUACUUAGUUUUCUUAUCCCAUUAAAAGAGAAGAAGCAAGGGCAAGCCUCUAAGUUGGUGGAAGUUAUAAGAUGCCUAGAAGCAGAUAUAAACAAGUUCGGGAGGAGGCAUUUAUCAGGGAAAUUUCCUAGUGAAAGAGAACAGGGGUUCUGUCUUGAAGACCCUGUAAGUUCAGGUGUUUCUUCUCGAUUAAUUGCAGCAUCAAACAUGAAUGAGACGCUCUUGAUGAAGAAUAUCAGUCAACUAGAGGAUGCUUACGCCUCCACAAGAUCCCAAAUGGGGAAAACAGAAACUGCUCCUGUAGAAUGCUCUUAUAAGGAGGUGUUAAACAAUCGAUACAGAUGGUGUCAUGUGAGAAAUCAUACUCAGGAUUCAAGCCUUAAUCAGAAAUCAGGUGAUCGGCUUGGAGCCUUUUUUGAUGGUGUUAGCAAGUUGGCUCGCCGUAGCAAGUUUGAAGUACGUGGGACAUUAAGAAAUGGAGAUCUUCUCAACUCUAGCAAUGUGAUUUGCUGUUUAAGUUUCGACUGUGAUGAGGAGUAUAUUGCUACAGCUGGAGUAUCAAAGAAAAUCAAGAUCUUUGAUUUUGCUGCGCUUGUAGACAAUUCUUUGGAUAUCCAUUAUCCCGUAGUUGAGAUGCCAAACAAAUCUAAGUUGAGCUGUGUUUGCUGGAACAACUACUUUAAGAACUAUCUAGCAUCAACAGAUUAUGAUGGGGUUGUACAGAUGUGGGAUGCAUCUACUGGUCAAGGAUUUUCUCAGUACGUAGAGCACCAAAGGAGGGCUUGGUCUGUCGACUUUUCUCAAGCUGACCCAAAAAAGUUUUCUAGUGGGAGUGAUGACUUUUCUGUGAAACUGUGGAGCAUCAAUGAGAAAAAAUCAAUAGGCACAAUCUGGAGCCCUGCUAAUGUCUGUUGCGUUCAGUUCUCUGCAUACUCUUCCAAUCUCUUGGUUUUUGGAUCUGCCGAUUACAAGAUCUACGGCUAUGAUCUUCGCCAUACUAGAAUCCCUUGGUGCACUUUACCUGGUCAUGGAAAAGCUGUUAGCUAUGUAAAAUUUGUAGAUGCUGAAACCCUUGUUUCUGCAUCCACGGACAACACUCUGAAGCUUUGGGAUCUUAACCAAGCAAUCUCAACUGGGUUGUCCUCCAAUGCCUGCAGCUUAACUUUUAGUGGUCAUACUAAUCAGAAGAAUUUUGUUGGUUUAUCUGUUUCGGAUGGAUACAUAGCAUGCGGCUCAGAAACUAACGAGGUUUAUAGUUAUUACAGAAGUCUACCCAUGCCAAUCACUUCACACAAAUUUGGAUCAAUUGAUCCUGUUUCUGGAAGUGAGGUUGGUGAUUAUAGUGGGCAGUUUGUCUCGAGUGUCUGUUGGAGAAAAAAGUCUAACAUAGUUGUUGCUGCCAACUCAACUGGAACUUUGAAAUUAUUGCAGAUGGUGUGA